ACGUCAUGAGUCAGCUGAUCUUCAGGGAUAAAAGAAGCUGAUGAUGAUCUUUGUGGAGCAGAUGCGUGGCUCGCUCUGCUCUUCUUUAUGACUCCUGAAGAUCAUGAUGAACUCCACGCAGGUGUCAUAUUUCACUCUGAGUGCCUACCUGGACGCCGACCUGUUCAGAUAUGUGUAUUUCACCGUCAUCAUGUGUGUGUAUGGUUUUAUAAUCGGUGCCAACGUGCUGCUGAUGGUGCUGAUCUGUGUGAACAGGAGCUUACAUGAACCUAUGUACAUGUUCCUGUGCAGCCUGUUUGUAAAUGAGCUGUAUGGUAGUACAGGCUUGUUUCCGUUCCUGCUGGUCCAGAUCCUCUCUGACCUCCACACGGUUUCUGUUCCUCUCUGCUUCCUGCAGGUCUUCUGUGUUUAUACGUAUGGGAGUGUUGAGGUGUUAAACCUGGCUGUCAUGUCUUACGACAGGUACCUGGCCAUCUGCUUUCCUCUGCAGUACAGCUCCCUGAUGACGGCUGGAAAGGUUUUCCUGCUCAUCGCUCUGAGCUGGCUCAUCCCUUUUCUUGCGAUUGUGGUUCUGGUUUCUCUGAGUGCUCGACUGCAGCUGUGUGGGAACAUCAUCCCCAGAGUUUACUGUGGAAACUUCUCCAUCGUUAAACUGAGCUGCUCCGACACCAGCGUUAAUAACAUUUACGGACUCAUUUACACCGUCCUCUCCCUCAUGAUUCCUCUCAUUUUAAUCCUUUACACCUACAUUCAGAUCCUUCACGUCUGUUUCUCCGGGUCCAAGCAGACGCGACAGAAAGCCAUCAGCACCUGCACGCCUCACCUGGCCUCCAUCUUGAACUUUUGCUUCGGCAGCUGUUUUCAGAUUCUCCAGAGCAGGUUUGAUCUGAGCCGCAUGCCGUUAGUGCUGGGAAUAUUUCUGUCUCUGUACUUCCUGACGUUCCAGCCGCUCCUCAACCCUCUGCUGUACGGGCUGAAAAUGAACAAGAUACGAGACGCCUGCAAACGUCUGACACGUGCAGAAAAAGUCGGGUUUCAGACGUCCUGAGUUCAUCUUGAUGCUGCUGUAGGGGGACGGUCAGCUGUUCCUCUGUGCAGGGAAAGUGGUUUCUAUCCCCGGAACAGCAGAUUCUGCACAUCUGAUCAGAUAAUUACAGGUUUUCACCCGACUCCUCCAGGACAGGCCUCCCUCCUCCCCCCGA